UCUUCCGCGGUGAGUCAGUAGGCAUCGAAGAGAACCUCUCCAAGAUGUCCAAGGCCAAGGCCGCCCCUCCUCCGGGGUGCACUCUGGACAUCAACGACCCCCAGGUGCAGGAGGCAGCCAUCCGCAUCCAGGCCUCCUACCGAGGCCACAGGUCCCGUAAGGAGUUGCGGGAGAAGGGUCCCCCCAAGUUCCUGGCGGAGCUGAAGGACGUGGUUCUGUUGGAGGGCAGUGCCGCCAAGCUGGAGUGCCGGGUCAGCGCCUUCCCGGACCCCUUCAUCGUCUGGUCCAAGGACGGCGCCGAGCUGAAGGACGGGCCCAAGUACCGCUACGUGUUCGAGGACCCGGACGUGGUGGCGCUGGUGGUGCGGGACGGCGUGCUGGCCGACCUGGGCAAGUACACGGUCACCAUCAAGAACACCUUCGGCAUGACCUCCGGGUCCGCCUCCAUUCUCAUAGAGGUUCCUGCUAAGGUAACCAAAGGGCCAGCCAGUGUGAAGGCCAAGAAAGGGACCACGGUGGUGCUGAAGGCAGACAUCGCUGGGGAGCCCCCUCCUGACGUGGGCUGGCUCAAGGACGGAGAGGACAUCGAGGAGGACGACAGAGUAUUCUAUGACAUCGGUGACACCAACACCAUCCUGACGAUAAAAAAUGCCCAGCGCUCGGAUGCAGGAAAAUAUGAAGUCUUUGUGGAAAACAAUUUGGGCACAGACCAGUCCUUCGCCCGCGUUGACAUCCUGUGAAGCGCUGUGUGCUUUGUGUGUCAGACCUUCCUAUAACUUUCUCUGUCCCCUCCCAACGGUCUUGGCUCACACCAGAAAACUGUAGUUUUGUUGUAAAGAUCAAACAUAUUGUGUCACUGUGCACUGCGCUAACAAGACAUACCAUAUUCGGGCAGGUUGCCUAUGGGGAGCCAGGUUCGAAUCCUGCCUGGGUCAUAUUCCAGCCCGACCCCAUAUCUCUCUCCCAGCCAUCUCCUGUCUUCUCUGCACUGUCUUAUCUAAUAAAUGCAGAACAUGCCCAAAACAAUACUGUAUUUCAAAUGAGAGCAUAAACACUACAGGACUAUGUUGUACACUGACAACCUUUGCUGACUGCAAUACAAUGUUGAUAAUAUACGUAUGUGAUGCUGGAUAACACAAUGAUGUAUUGGUGCUGCUUUAUAAUAAUGUACUUCUCUUCUCUCUUUCUUCCACUUGUUCAGUGUCCAUGCCCAAAGUUUCAAAUUCCUAUUCUCUUUCUGAAUAUGUGUGUACUCGUUAUUAAUGCAUAUUAAAUGGAAUUGCCAU